GGGGCUGAGAGGAAGGGUGGGGGGCGGGGGCCCUUCCUCCCGUCUUCCCCUCACCCCAGCCUCCCUUUGGCCGGUCCGUUCUAUUGGUGUGGCCAGCUGAGCAGUGACUGUGGCCCUGGGAGUGUGUGAGCACGUAUGCCUGUGUGUGUGUUUCUGGGAGUGUGUCUGUGUGGGAGCUUGUAGGAGAGAGUGUGUGUGGUGCAUCCCCUCGGUGUCUCUCAGAGGUAGGAUCCACCCUCUUCUUUGCCUUGUUUUCCCUCCAGAUGUGCAGCUUCCCCACCCACCUGCACACACACAGCUGGGCCUGGGCCCCACUGGGUCCUGGCCGGACCACAACUUUGCCUGGAUGAGAAGACCUCCAAAGGUCUUCUGCCUGGGCUGACCUUUGGAGGUGCGGGGCAGGAGGGACAGAGAGGAGGUUUCUUCCCAGAAAUAGGCUCUCCAGGCUCCUGGGGGCAGUAGGGACCCCAGUUGGGGCAAUGCCUGGGGCCCCUGAGUGCAAAUAGAAAGUUAAUUUGGGCAGGAGCUGGGCUGCUCUCAGUCCUUGUUGCCCUCCUGCCUGCUCUAUUAAUACAGAUCCAGCUCUCCUGCCUGGCAUCACCUAUUUAUAGCCCAGAGGCAGCAAGGCCACACCCCCUGCGCGGAGGAGGCUGAGGGGCAGAGGAGGGGGCAGGGGACUCAGCCACAGGAGCCAGGGCUGAGGGUCCCUGGGUGCCCACAGCCUUCUUGGGUGGGCCUGGCUCUGAUGGGCCGGAAUCCACUCAGACUCCCCACCUCCGUCCCAGACUGGGCUGUGCAAUCGGCCUCCAGAUCCUCCCCCACCCCACCCCACCCCCAUCAACCUAGGAUUGAGUGGGUCUGUCUAGACCCUGCGAACUCAUCAUUAAUUAGCUUGUUAAAGGGCUGAGAGGAGCGGGAGGGGCCAGCAGGGCUCUUUCUGAAACAGCUGUGGUUGUAAUUAGGUGGAAGUGUGGUUGGCUAUUAUUUAUUCCGGUUAUGAUUACUCCGGGAUCAGCAUCCCUGAUUGGUGGCUUGUCUGGGAAGGCUCCCCUCUCUCCUAACCACCCGUCAGUCUUGGAAUCAUUGGUGCCUGCCUGUUUGGGAGGGCCUCUGGGUGUGCCAGAGAAGUGGGUGGCUUUGUCCACUAUGGUUACCUGUGGUGGGCUUCUCAGCCUACUGGCCCCUUCGCCGCCUGCCUCGGCAAUGCCUAGGGUCCCAGCAACAGGCUCCCGAGCUGCUCAGUGGGAGGUCUGCCAUGGUAUCCACGUGGCCUGGAUGCCCCUUGCCCUUGUGGCUUGCCUGAACUGAACUGUCUCAGCGUCCAGGAAUGUAGACUUCCCUGCCAGUCUCAGCGCAGACUGGCAUGAAGCUUGGGGUGCCAAGUGGCACCAGAUUGGGUAGAUAGGCUGGGCGAGCGGUGUGGACAGAUCGGGAGGGUGAUUGGAGAGAGCACCAGGGCUCUCCCAACGUAGCAUCUUUUGCAGGAGUCCUGCAGUGUGGCCGGGAGGAGGAGGAGUCCUGUUAGCCAGGCUCAGGAGCCUCUGCACACACCUGCCGCCGUGCACGCUCUUGGUGCCCCUGGCUACGUUUCUGGCUUCCACAUACCCUCCCCUCUCCGUGUAGUCACCCUUACUGGGCAGGACUGGGCUUGUGUCUCCUGCCUGGGAAUGUGCUUGGCUGGGGCAGGGCCCACUGGCCCUAGGCUUGGCUAGAUUCCACGGAAGACCAAGGAGCAGGAAGAUAUCAGGCCAGAGGGUGCUUUGUCGGAGAGAAGGAAGGUGGUGGCUCUCCCCCGGCCACGUCAUGGCUGUAUGUUGUGCCUGGGUCAGUCGACCUUCCUCCGCUUUAACCACCCGGCUGAAGCCAAGUGGAUGAAGAGUAUGAUUCCGGCAGGGGGCCGGGCCCCCGGGCCCCCCUACAGUCCUGGCUCAGAAUCGGAAAGCCUGGUGAAUGGGAACCACGCGCCACAGCCCGCGACCCGGGGCCCCUCUGCCUGCGCCAGCCACAGUUCCCUGGUGAGCUCUAUUGAGAAGGACCUGCAGGAGAUCAUGGAUUCGCUGGUGCUAGAGGAGCCCGGAGCGGCUGGCAAGAAGCCUGCCGCGACUUCCCCACUGUCGCCAAUGGCUAAUGGUGGGCGCUACUUGCUGUCCCCGCCAACCAGCCCUGGUGCCAUGUCUGUGGGCUCCAGCUACGAGAACACCUCUCCAGCCUUCUCUCCGCUCUCCUCACCAGCCAGCAGUGGGAGCUGUGCCAGCCACUCACCCAGCGGGCAGGAGCCAGCACCUUCCGUGCCGCCGCUGGUGCCUGCCCGUUCCUCGAGCUACCACCUGGCCCUGCAGCCCCCACAGUCCCGACCGGGCGGUGCCCGCUCCUCCGAGAGCCCCCGGCUGGGCCGGAAAGGGGGUCACGAGAGGCCUCCCAGCCCUGGCCUCCGAGGUCUGCUGACAGACAGCCCCGCGGCCACUGUCUUGGCAGAGGCCCGCAGAGCCACCGAGAGCCCCCGGCUGGGUGGGCAGCUGCCCGUGGUGGCCAUCAACCUGAGUGAAUACCCAGCUUCCGGUGCCCGAAGCCAGCCCACGAGCAUUCCUGGAAGCCCCAAGUUGCAGCCUCCGGUCCCUGCUCCCCGAAACAAGAUCGGCACCCUCCAGGACCGCCCUCCCAGCCCUUUCCGUGAGCUGCCAGGCACCGAGCGGGUGCUGACAACCAGCCCCUCACGCCAGCUGGUGGGCCGAACAUUUUCAGAUGGGUCAGCCACCCGCACCCUGCAGCCUCCUGAGAGUCCCCGCCUGGGCCGGCGGGGCCUGGACAGCAUGCGGGAACUCCCUCCGUUGAGCCCGUCUCUGUCGCGACGGGCUCUCUCCCCCAUGCCCACCAGGACUACGCCAGAUCCCAAGCUAACCAGGGAAGUGGUGGAGAGUCCCCGGGCCCGGCGCUGGGCAGCCCACGGGGCGUCACCGGAGGACUUCUCCCUGACGCUGGGGGCACGGGGCCGUAGGACACGGAGCCCCUCACCCACGCUCGGGGAGUCACUGGCACCCCGCAAGGGCAGCUUCAGUGGCAGGCUGAGCCCAGCCUAUAGUCUGGGCUCUCUGACCGGGGCUUCACCCCGCCAGAGCCCCCGUGCCCAGAGGAAGCUGUCCAGUGGGGACUUGCGGGUCCCUGUCACUCGGGAGCGGAAAAAUAGCAUCACGGAGAUCAGUGACAACGAGGACGACCUCCUGGAGUACCACAGGCGGCAGCACCAAGAACGGCUCUGGGAGCAGGAGAUGGAGAGGCUGGAACGCCAGCGCCUGGAGACCAUCCUGAACCUGUGUGCUGAGUACAGCCGGGCCGACGGGGCACCCGAGGCUGGGGAGCUGCCCAGCAUCGGGGAAGCCGCCGCAGCAUUGGCGCUGGCGGGCCGGAGGCCCUCACGAGGCCUUUCAGCGGCCACCGGAGCCUCUGGGCGGGGCACCGAGGAGCCCGGGGGUGCCACCCAGCGCCUGUGGGAGUGCGUGGACCGCUCAGAUGAGGAGAAUCUCAAGGAGGAGUGCAGCAGCACUGAGAGCACCCAGCAGGAGCAUGAAGAUGCACCCAGCGCCAAGCUCCAGGGGGAGGUGCUGGCCCUGGAAGAGGAGCGGGCUCAGGUGUUGGGGCGAGUGGAGCAGCUCAAGGUCCGUGUGAAGGAGCUCGAGCAGCAGCUGCAGGAGUCCGCCCGCGAGGCUGAAAUGGAACGAGCAUUGCUGCAGGGGGAGAGGGAGGCAGAGCGGGCGUUGCUGCAGAAGGAGCAGAAGGCCGUGGACCAGCUGCAGGAAAAGUUGGUGACCUUGGAAACCGGCAUCCAGAAGGAGAGGGACAAGGAGAGGGCGGAGCUGGCCGCGGGACGGAGGCACCUGGAGGCCCGCCAGGCGCUCUACGCCGAGCUCCAGACGCAGCUCGAUAACUGCCCCGAGUCAGUGCGGGAACAGUUACAGGAGCAGCUGAGAAGGGAGGCCGAGGCCCUGGAGACGGAGACAAAGCUGUUUGAGGACUUGGAGUUCCAGCAGCUGGAGCGGGAGAGCCGCGUGGAGGAGGAGCGUGAGCUGGCGGGCCAGGGGCUGCUCCGGAGCAAGGCUGAGCUGCUCCGGAGCAUCACCAAGAGGAAGGAGCGCCUGGCAGUCCUGGACAGUCAGGCCGGGCAGAUCCGGGCCCAGGCCGUGCAAGAGUCCGAGCGCCUGGCGCGGGACAAGAACGCCUCCCUGCAGCUGCUGCAGAAGGAGAAGGAGAAACUCACGAUGCUGGAAAGAAGGUACCACUCACUCACGGGAGGCAGGCCUUUCCCGAAGACCACGUCGACCCUCAAAGAGGCCGAACUGCUCAUCUCCGAGUCCUCAGGGACUGCGAGUCUGGUCCCUUUCCCGGGGUCUUCUCAGGCUGGGGCCUCCUCUGUCCCCCUAAUCCCACCUGCUUCCACUCAGCUCUGCCCCAAAGCACAAGAGUACGUGACGCUUGAGCAGCUAAAGGCGAUGUGGGGCACCUCGCCCAUGCCCGCAGCCCCUGUGCCAGGCCUGCCUCUCUGGGCCCCUGCCUCCCGGGACCUGGUUCCCACCACCUGCCUUCCUCCCGUGCUGCCCUCUUCCUCCUCCUUCGCUUCCAUCACGCCUUCACCCAAGAUGGAGGAGCUGCUGCUCCCUGCUGUAGACUUAGAGCAGUGGUACCAGGAGCUGAUGGCCGGGCUGGGGACCGGCCCCGCUGCAGCCUCCCCGCGCUCCUCUCCCCCGCCUCUGCCCGCCAAAGCUUCCCGGCAGCUGCAGGUUUACCGCUCCAAGAUGGAUGGUGAGGCCACCAGCCCCCUGCCCCGGACCCGCAGUGGCCCUCUCCCCUCUUCCUCUGGCUCUUCUUCCUCCUCCUCCCAGCUCAGCGUGGCUACCCUGGGCCGUAGCCCCUCCCCAAAGAGUGUCCUCCUUGCCCAGAAUGGCACGAGCAGCCUUCCUCGCAACCUGGCGGCCACGCUGCAGGACAUUGAGACCAAGCGCCAGCUGGCCCUGCAGCAGAAGGGCGAGUCGCUUCCUGCCGAGCCCCCCCCAACCGACGACCCAGCAGGGCAGCAGGUGAUCGAGGAGCAGCGGCGACGCCUGGCCGAGCUGAAGCAGAAGGCUGCGGCCGAGGCGCAGUGCCAGUGGGAUGCCCUGCACGGGGCGGCCCCCUUCCCGCCCGGCCCCUCGGGCUUCCCCCCGCUCAUGCACCACUCCAUCCUGCACCACCUGCCGGCCGGCCGAGAGCGCGGGGAGGACGGCGAGCACGCCUACGACACCCUGAGCCUGGAGAGCUCCGACAGCAUGGAGACCAGCAUCUCCACGGGCGGCACCUCGGCCUGCUCCCCGGACACCGUGUCCAGCGUGAGCGGCCUGGACGUGGGGAAGAUCGAGGAGAUGGAGAAGAUGCUGAAAGAAGCGCACGCGGAGAAGAGCCGCCUCAUGGAGUCGAGGGAGCGGGAGUUGGAGCUCCGGAGGCAGGCCCUGGAGGAGGAGCGGAGGCGGCGGGAGCAGGUGGAACGGAGGCUGCAGAGCGAGAGCGCCAGGAGGCAGCAGCUGGUGGAGAAGGAGGUCAAGAUGCGGGAGAAACAGUUCUCCCAGGCACGACCCCUGACUCGCUACCUGCCAAUCCGGAAGGAGGACUUUGAUCUGAAGACCCACAUUGAGUCGUCGGGCCACGGUGUCGAUACCUGCCUGCACGUGGUGCUCAGCAGCAAGGUCUGCCGCGGCUACCUGGUCAAGAUGGGGGGCAAGAUUAAGUCGUGGAAGAAGCGCUGGUUUGUCUUCGACCGGCUCAAGCGCACCCUUUCCUAUUAUGUGGACAAGCAUGAGACGAAGCUGAAGGGGGUCAUCUACUUCCAGGCCAUCGAGGAGGUCUACUAUGACCACCUGCGCAGUGCGGCCAAGAAGAGGUUUUUCAGCUUCACUGUGGUGACUGAGAGCCCGAACCCAGCCCUCACCUUCUGUGUGAAGACCCAUGACCGGCUCUACUACAUGGUGGCCCCAUCUGCCGAGGCCAUGCGCAUCUGGAUGGAUGUCAUCGUGACCGGAGCUGAGGGCUACACUCAAUUCAUGAACUGACCGGUGUGGACCUCCUAGACCCUCGGGCCAGCCCACCUGCCGCUUCGCCCUGGAGACAGAGGUGCACACCGGGCCACACAGGAGUGCCCCCAGAGGCCCGGAAGGGCGGAGCGUGCCUGGGGCUGUUGUAGGUGACUUUGUACUGUUCUACGGUGUAAGGAACUCAUCCUGUGAAUUUCUGGGCUCAGGCCCCCUGAAGAACAAGCCAGCAGAUGAAAAGUGGGGAGGCUCCCGGGAGCCCAGAAUCUACAGUAACCUUGGAGGGCCCUGCCCCAGGCCUGAGGAGCUGUCACAAGAGGGGGCCUCAAGUCCUGACCUGGCACCUGCACUCCCCAGCCUGUGUUCUCUUUUGCAAAAGGACAAAUUAUGGUACCAGAAUCUGCCAAAGAUCCCUUCUUGCCUCAGCCCCCUUUGCGGGGGCCUUGGGGGCUGAGGACCACAUCAAGAGUGGGGUAACACUCAGGCGGUGUACUUCUCCAACCCCGCUCUACCCUGUUCUCCCCUGUCUCUGUUCAAGGGCCAGAGACCUCCAGUGCCAUCCUUGAGGUCCUAACCUCAUCCCCUUUUUGCAGACCCCCAACCACCAUCUCCACAGUGACUGCUUCAUUGCCAUGGUCAUACAUCGCCGUGGCUCCGCCCAUGCUGCAGCCAUGGGCCCAUCCGAGGGUACAAGGGUACGUACUGCGACCUCUCCAGCCCAGGACCUGGUGCAUCUCAUGCCGGGGGAAGGGACCAAGCACCCGCUCCCUGCCCCCUAUGUCUCCAGGCCCUGGUGCACAGCCGGCCGCCCCCUAGUCCAGACCUCUCCCUUGCACUCGUGCCUUGCUUAGAGCCAGAAGGGACGAAGCUUGGACAUCCAGAGACUGGAGGAAGGAAGCGGAUGGGAGAGGCAGCUAGACUGGGUUCUACAGAACUGGCUGGGUUUCUAACAGGGACGGAGGGCCGCUCAGACGCCCGCUGGGGGAAACCUGAGCAGGAGUCGAGGGGGAGGACCCUGGGGGCUGGCUGCCCUCCCUUCCGCCUCAGCCCUUCACGCCUUAACACUAAGCCCACAACCCUGCUCCUCUGCCCAACACUGGGCCAUGGUUGCCCGGCCUGGGCUGGGCGAUUUUCAGUAUUUGUAAGCAUCUCCAUGGAACAAUAAAGCAUUUGGAGUACGUG